GGACCACCGCUAGUUGCACGUACAUCCGCCUACUACAUCCCCAGUACAACUACUCUAUGUCAAUCUUGGUUUAAGUCUGCAAGUUAAAAAUGACAAAUCUCCAAGCCCAGGACAUCAUUCGAUGUCAAUACUGCGAGGACGAGCCCGCUGUCUUCCACUGUGUUCCGUGUGGAGAUGAACUCUGUCCUCGAUGUAGAGUCUUAUCUUAAAAGCAAAGUUCCCUCCGGACACACCAUCGUUCGUCUGUCUGAGAGACUUCAUCCAGCCAAUCAGAUCAAAAUGUGUGACAUACACCCAACUAAAACGUACGAGGCUUGCUGUGAAGAUUGCCAAGUCCCAGUGUGUAUAUCGUGCAUUCAGGAAGUACAUAACAAACACGCUAUCGGGAAGAUACAAGAACUUUAUGACAAACAAAAGAAUGGUACCGCAGAAAAAUUGUCUAAAAUGAAAACGAUGUGGAAAUCUGAAUUUACCCAUAGACUACUUGAUUUUAAGAAAGAAGAAAAUGAAAUAGGAACGAGCCAUAAAAUUGUGAGAAAAAGCAUGAAAACACAAGCUGAGAAUUUUAUAAGCCAUAUCAAUGCCAUCAUAGAAAAAAGUUUUAAUGAUUCUGAAGAAGAUGAGAGAAAACAAUCAGAGGUCAUUUCUCUGCAGAAAAUGGAAGUUAAGAAAUUUGAGGAAAACAUAGAUGAUUUGAUAGAAAAAUUGGAAAGUCUCAUGGAGUCAAACAAUCCCGUGGACCUUAUUUUGUACCGAAAAGAAAAUCCAAAUAUUUUUAAUAAAUUAAAAAUUCCAGAGAAGUUAGACAUUGUUUUGCCUUCGUUCACAGCCGGUCAAUUUAACAAAUCUCAAAAUGAGCAGCAGUUUGGGAAAUUGACCACGGAUCAUGGCAGACUUGACAGUCAUUUAAGAAAAUGUGACGAUACACAGCAGACUUCCUCUGCAAACAAAACGCUAUCCAUCAAAAGUAUUUUGGGUUUUUCAGUAAAAAUUAGCGAAGCGAAAACUGAAAAAGAAAACUUAUUGUACGUGACUUGCCGUGGAGACAGAUCAGCGUUCAUCAGUGGUGAUGGUCCUGGGAUACUACUGAUAGACAGGUCAGGGACAGAGCUGGAUAGCAUCUGUACUGACAGUAAACCAUGGGGUCUGGGGGUAAUGCAGGACGGAAGUUUGAUUUAUUCUGACGGUAGCGAUAAAGUUAUCUAUAGAGUGUCACUCAAUAAAGAGAAAACAAAACUUAUAAAUGCUGAGUAUGGUCCUAGAGGACUGUGUUGUAUAAGAUCAGGUGAUUUCUUGGUCUGUAUGGGCUUGUUUAAUGCCGCGAGAAUGGUCAAGUACAGCAAAACUGGGACGAAGAUCCAGGAAUUCGAGACAGAUAAGACCGGGGAGAGACUUUUUAUUCAUCCAAGGUUUAUUUGUGAAAAUGUGAACGAAGACAUUUGUAUUUCUGAUUUGAACUUAAUGAAUAAUAACGUGGUUGUCUUGAACAAGUCUGGAUAUUUAAGGUUCAGGUAUGACGGGAAUGCAACUGGGACAUUAAAAGAGGGAUUUCAACCGCAUGGUGUAGCCACUGACAGUCUGGGUCACAUACUUAUUGCAGACAACGCCAAUAACGCUGUACACCUGAUCAGCCAGGACGGGAACUUCCUGUCUUACAUCCUAACAGAGGAUGAUGGGAUAUCACUUCCACACGGAAUUUCUGUGGACACGCACGACAACCUGUGGCUGGUAGAAGAAGAAAACGCCUGUGUUAAAGUGUAUCAGUAUUUAUUGUAAAUACAGCCAUCCAUUUCGUUUACUUGUAGAAAUUCAUGUGUGUAAAAUAAAAUAUAAUACAAAGUCUCAGACAUCUAUUUCACAUUUAAAUAUUAUAAU